AUGGCCUUAGAGAUCCUAACGAUAGCCGACGAAGAAGGAACGAAGGAGAUUGGCAAGGAGAUCGAGGCUACUAGCAAGGAGAUCGAGGCUACGGGAUUCGGCAACGGACUUCCAAGGGACCUCGGAUCCGGAAAUGAGCUUCUUAAGGACCUUGGAAAGGUAAGACCUAUAACCGGCAAUUAUAUCGGUAACCUUUUACCGAUCCGACUAUUAGCUAAGCACGGCACGCUUGCGUACGGCACUCUAGGCGCCCUUGACGAUAAUGGUGACGAUUUCUUUAAGCUAAGAGCAGCAGACCUUUAUUUAAGAGCAAAAGAGUUAGCUUUGUUUGCAAGAAGCUUUCUUAAGGAGCUGAACGAGUGCUUUAAGAAGCUCGCUAAAGAGCUCAAAGGGAUCCAAGGCUCUUUACGACUAGGUUUGAAGGAUGAUCGAAGUCUUGCUAAUAAGCUAUAUUCAGCUUGUAAAAACGUGCUAAAGACUACGAUUGCACGUAUGAACCUUGCGUUUACUUUUACCGCCGCAGUUGCUAAUAUCCGCCGAGCAAUUGCAUUCGCAACUAAGACUUCUCGACCCGCUAAAGCGAGUAAAGCUUACGCGAGCUUUAACGAACUACACGAUCACACUUGCUUUUAUAACACUUUAAAGGCUAACUCUGAUUUGGACGAAGAAUACGAAUGCUUUAUUCAAGACCGCUAA